AUGGAGCAGGUCGUGUCGGUGCUGCGCAGCAUUCGAGACCAGCUGGGAGCGGGCGGCAGCAGCAGGAGCCCGCGCCGGACCCCCAGUGGCGCGUUCAGCAGCCCCAGCGUGACGGAGGAGCAGAGCAUAAGCGGCACACAUGAGUACACGUGGAGCGGUUAUAGCGCCACACACGGGCCUGCUGCUCAUCCCAGCUAUCCCUCUGCCACCUCUGCUGUUGCUGGUGGUGGUGGUGGUGGUGGUGGUGGUGGUGGUGGUGGUGGUGGUGGUGGUGGUGGUGGUGGUGGUGGUGGUGGUGGUGGUGGUGGUGGUGGUGGUGGUGGUGGUGGUGGUGGUGGUGGUGGUGGUGGUGGUGGUGGUGGUGGUGGUGGUGGUGGUGGUGGUGGUGGUGAAGCGUCACCAGGGGCCUAA